AUGGAGCGUUACCACGACUUGGAUUCUACCUCCGACUACGCCGAGUCGUUCUCGGCUUCAGAGUUCACCUCAAUUAAGACCAAUCGUCUACUCUAUCUCUACGAACAUGGCCGUCGGUAUCAAGGCGUCGUUGCCGAUCGCUAUGGUCUGCCCAACGACGAGGCCGAGCAGCUUCGCGAGGGCAUCAAGCAUAGGCUCUACCUGGACCACAUCCUCAAGGGCAACUAUUUCUUGGCCCCGAUCGGUGAACGCCCCCAGAAGAUUGUCGAUCUCGGGACCGGCACCGGCAUGUGGGCAUUGGAAGUCGCUGAAAAGUACCCCAGUGCCCGAGUCAUUGGAACUGAUAUUUCCGCUAUUCAACCAAGCUGGGCCCCUCCAAACCUUGAAUAUCGCGUCGAAGACCUCGAAGACGAACAUCGCCCGUGGACGAGCAUCUAUAAUGGUGCCGAUCUCGUCCAUUGCCGGUUCUUGAUGCAGGUGAUUCGCGACCCUAGGCGCAUGAUCCAAACCAUUUUUGACCGUCUAAAACCUGGCGGUUGGAUCGAAUGCCACGACAUAGUGGCAGAACUCUACACUGAAGAUGAAUCUGUCGACAAGGACCAUCCAAUCAACCAGCUGUACAAUCUUAUCGACGGUCCAUUCACAGAGUUUUACAAGUGGAACUUGCAUAUUGCGCUGGAGCUGCCCAAAUUAAUCCUCGAGGCUGGUUUUGUCAACGUGUCGACGCGUCGAAAUAAGAUUCCCAUGGGUCGCUGGCCGAGCGAGCAUCACGCGCGGGAGAUGGGUCUUUUUCAACAAACAAUUGUUUUAGAUUUUGCUCUGGCUGUGUUAGCCAAGCGCGAUAUUCUUGGAUUAGACCAAGACGAGGCGGCCGAGCUGGGCCAGCAGGUUCUCGACUCUGUACAUGACGACAGCACGCACGCUUACAUGGACUGGGCCGACGUGUGGGCACAGAAGCCCGUAACGGCAAUAUGA